UACCAGCUUAGCACUGAUACACUCUCUCACACACACAUAUAUCAGCCUUUCCUUUCACCACUCCCUCCAUACUUCCUCUUCAAGCUUGUUCCAGUGUCAGGUUUGACAGUCUGCGGUUGAGCCGUCAUGAGGACACUGUUGCUGCUGGGGGUGACGGCCUUGUGUCUCUGCGUGUUUGUUGCCGCUGACAAACAAGCUGACCGACAGGCAGAUGAAUCAUCCCCCGAGAAGGAUGGGAUUUUACAGCUGAAGAAAGGAAAUUUCAGAAGGGCACUUAGAAAACACAAGCAGCUGCUGGUGCACUUCUAUGCUCCUCUGUCUGCAGAAGGCCAUCGAAUCACAGAGGCGUUCGAAGGUGCUGCUGCAGAGCUUCAGGGGUCAGAUUUCAAACUGGCAGUGAUUGAUGUGACGAAGGAGAAGGACCUGGUUAAAGAACUCAAUGCGACAGGUCUCCCCUCAAUCCGACUGUACCUAUCUGGAGAUAAAGACAAUCCUGUGGACUGUCCUGCUCCUCAGAGCUCGGCCUCCAUCUUGACCUGGCUGGGAAGGAGGGCGGGGUCUGCUGCUGACCUCAUCAUAUCUGAUCUGAGCCAAUUAGACGCCUCAGAAGAACUGACGGUGGUUGGAUUCUUUCAGGAGCUGAACAGCGAGUACGUCGGGGUGUUCUACGCUGCAGCGAUUGACCUCCCUGAUGUCACCUUUGUUGUGACUCAAGACAACGAAGUUAUCAACAAAUAUGGUCUCACAUACGAUGUUGUACUGCUGCUCAAAAAGUCUAAGCUCAUUCAGGCUUAUAAAAUGAUGCCUCAGACAUCCAAAGAGGAGCUGAUCAUUUUUGUCACAGUCUACCAGAUGGACCCAGUCACUGAGUACACUGGAAAGACAGCGACUCAGAUAUUAACAGCACCUGUGUUAAAUCACGCCCUCCUGUUCGUCAACAAAAGCUCUGCUGACUUUAAAGACAUCUACUCAGCAUUUAACACUGCUGCAAAUGCAUUCAGGUUGAAGAUCCUGUUUGUGUGGGUGAACGUGGAUGAGCCUCGGAACGGCAGAAUAAUGGAGUACUUCCGGGUUGGGGCCUUCGAGGCUCCUAUCAUUCGACUGGUCAACCUGACAGACCAUGUGACCUAUCACCUGCCCUCUGACACUCUGGAUGUAGAAACCAUAAAGAAAUUCUGCCAGUCCUACCUUGAGGGCAAGGCUAAGCCUAAGAUGCAGAGUGAGCCGAUACCUGACGGAUGGGACACACAGCCGGUGAAGCAGCUGGUGGGAAUGACUCUGGAGAAGGUCGUCUUUAACCCCAACAAGACGGUUUUUGUUCUGUUCUAUCUUCCAUACAGUCAGGAGUCCCGUGCUCUGUUUCCACUUUGGGAGGAGUUAGCCGAGGCCUUGAAGGAGCGAGAGGACGUGGUCGUCGCUCGCAUCGAUGCCUCAGCCAACGACAUCAACUUGUCAAUGCACGGCUCCUACCCAUCGCUCUGCCUGUUCCCUGCUCUAUAUGCUGAAAGGAUGGUGGUUUAUCCCGGUAAGAGGAAGGUGAAGGACCUGAUUAAAUUUCUAGAUAAAGAGAUGGAGAAGGCCAAAAAAUACAGGGUUAAGGAGGAUGAAGACAGGAGGAAGUACAUCGAGGCUGUAAAAGCUGAAGAGGCAAAAAAAGCCAACGAAUCCAAAGACGAGCUUUGAUCCAAAGAGAGAGAGGGUACAGAGUGUGUGUGUGUGUGUGGGUGUGGGUGUGUGUGUGUGUGUGUGUGUGUGUGUGUGUGUGUGUGUGUGUGUGUGUGUGUGUGUGUGUGUGUGAUACCUUUCAGUCAGUACUCCCAAAACACGGAUCUGGUUUUAUCUACUCAACCAAGCUGUCAUGAAUCUCCUGUCAAAUCAAAUCCAUUAAAGUCUUCAUUUAAAAAC